UUGAGUUACUCGGACCAUUCCAGAACCCAACUCCACGCUGAACAAAACUCUUUUGGUAUAAUGAUGUUCUUUGGCGGGAAACAAACAAAUUUGUCUUUGCAGUACUUCGAGUAUUAUAUGAAUGGACCUUUGAAGUUAAAGUGAAAAAUGAACUAAAACAGCUUGGUUUUUCAUACAGGUUUCAGUUUGUUUCACAUUCAGUCAGUUAGACAGUAUGAGUGUGACUCCUAAGGGAAGAGCCAGGGGCCAAGCUCCAACAAUCGAGCAGAUCAAUGCUGAUAUACUGACUCAGCUGGCUAGUGAAUACUGGGCACCACACAGUCAUCUCCCCAGGAGGAGCUUUGAGCCAAAGGUAAUUGAAGAUGUUUACCACAAGGAGCUGAUCCAGAAUAAAUUUGCCAUCAGGAGGAUCAUGCUCUUGGAGUUCAGUCAGUACUUGGAGAACUACCUGUGGCCAAAUUACAUUCCAGAAAAGGCCAGCAAGACUCAUGUGCUGUCCAUUGUUGUGUUGAUAAAUGAGAAAUUCAGAGAAGGUGUUCCACCAUGGGAGGCAUGUAAAUCCAAGCCGGAACACUUUCCAGGGUUCUUUCGUCAAGUGAUGGAGUUUUGUCUUGAAGAUGAUGAAGCCAAAGUGAACAUCAAAGAGCAGACCAUCCUCAUGGGUUUCCUCAUACACUGCUUCAAUAGUCUGGAGGUUGAUGUGAUACGAGAGCAGGUCCAACGUUUAGUCUCGUUGCCGAUGUGGGUCAAUCUGCUACCAGGUCGUCUUGAGAAAGAGCUGCAGCUGUAUCCAAAGUACAAGAAAUUCUGGAAUAUCGUUAAGAAAGUUGACGCCAAAGCAGACGAUAAGACAAAAGCAAAGAAUGAAUUUGAGAGACAGUUUCUGUCAAGAUUGAUUCAAUGCUUCUACAAGAUACUGGACUCAAUUCCGGAAACAGGGAAAAUCAAAGCCAAUAAAGUACACUACUGCGAGAGAUUUGUCGAGCUCAUGACAGACUUGGAGGCUCAGCUUCCUACCAGACGCUUCCUGAAUGUUGUCUUAGAUGACAGCCAUGUUGUAGUACGCUGUCGCCUUUCACACCUAAACAAAAGGCAUGAAGGCAAACUCUUUACCCAGCUUUUAGAUAUGUUAACCUUCUACACCGGCUUUGAAAUAAGCGACUCAACCGGCACUGCGUUGACUGAUCAUGAGAUGACAGACCUGCAUUAUGACAGAAUGAGUUCAUUACAGAGGGCAGCCUACAAGUUGUUUGAGGAUCUUAGAAGGUUCUCUUUGUCAAACGUCGCCAGUGUGGACACCAGGAAGGCACUAACAAACCAUUUUGAGAAACUCACUGCCAGUCAGCUUCAUCAGUUUGCCGCCCAUCUGAACCUGAUGGCUCCGUUACCAGAGGAAACAGAAACUACCAGUGACAAGGAGUUCUUACUGGAACUCAUGGUCUCAAUGCACGAGCGUCGACAAUCACAGAUUCAGGUUCUCAAUGAGACACCCCUGUAUCCUACGGAUAAAUUACUUUGGGAUGAGAAUAUAGUUCCGACCGAGUAUUUCUCUGGCGAAGGUUGUCUGGCUCUACCCAAACUCAACCUCCAGAUGUUAACUCUUCAUGAUUACCUACUGAGGAACUUCAAUCUCUUCAGACUGGAGUCAAUGUAUGAGAUUCGUCAGGACCUUGAGGAUGCUAUUCUACGAAUGAAGCCCUGGGUUGCAGAGAAUGGAGAAACAUUUUUUGGUGGCUGGGCUCGUAUGGCUCAGCCCAUCACGGCUUUCUCAGUGGUUGAGGUAGCUAAGCCUAACAUAGGGGAGAAUCAUCCGGCUAGCGUCAGAGCUGAUGUGACCAUCACGCUAAACCUUCGACGACAGAUCAAGAAUGAGUGGGAAGCUCUGCGUAAGCAUGACGUAGCAUUCCUAAUCAGUGUGCGACCCAUGAAGAAGAUAGGGUCAAGGUUCAACCUGAAGGAGGAGCAUUUCAUUGAGUCAGUAGGCCUGCUCCAUGUGAGAGGUUGUGAGGUAGAAGGGAUGCUGAAUGAAGAGGGAAGAGUCAUUGAAGAUGGGCCUGACCCGAAACCUGAGUUGCCUGGUGCCCAGCGUACCUAUCGAGUGUGGUUAGAUUCCAAUCAGUACCAGCAGGAUAUGGCUGGUACUGCUGCAGGUGGAGAGGAUGUGUACGAGUCCUUCAACAUCAUCAUGCGCAGGAAGCCCAAGGAAAAUAACUUUAAGGCUGUGUUAGAGACAAUCCGUAACCUGAUGAAUACAGACUGUGUCGUCCCAGACUGGCUCCAUGAUAUCAUCUUAGGUUACGGAGAUCCCGGUGCCGCCCACUACUCCAAGAUGGAGAAUCAGAUCGCCACACUGAACUGGAACGAUACGUUCCUCAGCUUGGAUCACCUCAGGGCGGGGUUCCCGGGUCACAACAUCAAAGUUACCGCUACGGACCCUGCAAAGCAGAAGCCGCCUUUUCGAAUAACUUUCCCGGUCACGUCCGGCGGAGGAGGAAAGAAACGUAAGAAGGCAGAAGAGGAGAAAGAAACUGAGAAGAAAGAACUGGUCGUUGAACCCCACGUCAUUCCAAACAGAGGUCCUUAUCCGUACAAUCAACCCAAAAGAAAUACGAUCCAGUUCACCCCCACACAGAUAGAGGCCAUCCGAGCUGGCAUGCAGCCAGGCCUUACCAUGGUCGUUGGUCCACCAGGCACAGGAAAAACAGACGUUGCUGUUCAGAUUAUCUCCAAUAUCUAUCAUAACUUUCCCUCCCAGAGAACACUGAUUGUGACUCACUCUAAUCAGGCCUUGAAUCAGUUGUUUGAGAAGAUCAUAGCCUUGGACAUUGACGAGAGACAUUUACUACGUCUUGGUCAUGGAGAGGAGGCUCUGGAAACAGAGAAAGACUUCAGCAGGUAUGGACGAGUCAACUACGUCUUAGCUCGGCGGUUAGAGCUUCUCAAGGAAGUUGAGAGGUUACAAGAAAGCCUGCGUGUCGGCGGGGAUGUUGCCUACACCUGCGAGACGGCUGGCCACUUCUUCUUAUAUCAGGUCGUAGCAAGAUGGGAGAAGUUUCUGAGUAAGGUGAAGCCGACUACCAGCGGACAGAGGAGCGACUCGGAAGACAUCCUGGAACACUUCCCUUUUAAUAAGUACUUUGAAAAUGCACCGCAGCCUGUCUUUAAGGGGAAAUCGUUUGAUGAAGAUAUGGACAUUGCAGAGGGAUGCUACAGACACAUCAAGAAGAUAUUCCAGCAGCUUGAGGAAUUCCGUGCGUUUGAGUUGCUCCGGAGUGGACUGGACCGUUCCAAGUACCUCAUGAUUAAAGAAGCGAAGAUUAUUGCAAUGACCUGCACCCACGCUGCACUCAAGAGACACGAUUUAGUCAAUAUGAACUUUCAGUAUGACAACAUCCUGAUGGAAGAAUCCGCUCAGAUUCUAGAGAUUGAGACCUUCAUUCCACUCCUCCUGCAGAAUCCUGAGGAUGGUUUCAGUCGUCUGAAGCGAUGGAUCAUGAUCGGCGACCACCACCAGCUCCCCCCAGUUAUCAAAAACAUGGCCUUCCAGAAAUACUCCAACAUGGAGCAGUCUCUCUUCACUAGAUUCGUCCGGCUCGGGGUACCAACAGUGGAUCUAGAUGCUCAGGGAAGAGCAAGACCAAGUGUUGCCACUCUGUACAACUGGCGUUACAAGAAGCUUGGCAACCUACCCCAUGUUCACCUGACCCAGGAGUUUCACAGAGCCAACCCAGGGUUCCGUUUUGAUUUCCAGUUGAUCAAUGUGGAAGACUUUAAUGGGGUCGGAGAAUCAGAACCGAAUCCUUACUUCUACCAGAACCUGGCUGAAGCGGAGUAUGUGGUGGCGCUCUUCAUGUACAUGAGGCUUCUGGGAUACCCGGCAGAGAAGAUAAGCAUCUUGACAACGUACAACGGACAGAAACAUCUGAUCCGUGAUGUCAUCAACCAACGGUGUGCAGGAAACCCGCUUAUUGGCCAGCCCAGUAAAGUGACUACAGUGGAUAGAUUCCAGGGUCAGCAAAAUGACUACAUUCUUCUAUCAUUGGUCAGAACAAGAGCGGUCGGUCAUAUCAGGGAUGUGCGUCGAUUGGUUGUAGCGAUGUCCCGUGCACGGCUAGGGCUGUAUGUCUUCGCGAGGGUGUCUCUCUUCCAGAAUUGCUAUGAGCUCUCACCGACAUUCAACUUGCUUGUUGAGAGGCCCCUCCAGCUUCAUCUAGCACCAAGGGAGACCUAUCCAACCACCCGCAAGGUUGAAGAGAUUCCAUUUGGUCAGCCUCUGAUAGUGGAUGAUAUGCCCCACAUGGCUCAGUUUGUCUACGACUUCUACCAGGAUAGGUUGAGAGUGAUUCAGGCCAAACAGGGGCACCAAAGACAGUUGCAAGCACAGCUUGCCAAGCCUCCCGUGUCCCACACACCGAGCCAAGCCAAGCCAGUACCCAAAGUACAGCAUGUUGCUAAGAGACAGGAUUCACUGAAACCUCCGGGCACCGCAGAAGACACUUCAGAGGAAGAAGUGGGUGAAAAGGCAGGAAAAGAGAAAACUGUCGAGGACAACGAAGAUGUGGAAAUGAAAGAGGAAGGAGCGAAAUCAGAAUAGGGUAGCGAUUGAAAGGAAGAGGAAGAGUUCAUUAAAGUUACAGGCAUGGGAUUGUUCCUACUUUAGUUUUUUUCCCAAUUUUUGUUGCCCUAAUAUAAAUCAGAAAAAAAAUUGUAAUUAAAACAGCCUGGUAAGUCUUUAAACCUACACCUUGUGUAAAUGUAGGUCAGCCUGUUUACUUUGAUAAAAUGUUCCUAUUUUUUUUCAAAGGACCAAAUGUUAUGCCUAAAGUGAGGGUCAUAGAUUGGUAACUUCUC